AUGGACGAAUACGACGAGAUAUUCGGGAUUGAGGACCACUUCGACGAGCAGUUCGCCGACGAGCUCGAAGUGUUGGCUGAGAUGGAGGAGGAUGAAAUGUCAAAGCCUGCAAAGCGUCAGAAACAAGGUUCAGGAGACGACAUUGCUGACAUCGAGCACCUGUUGGACGAUCAUCCCAUCACUCCAAAGGCGAAGCGGCAGAAGCAGGAUGCCGGUGUGGUAAAGCAGCUUUUUAAGGCUGCAGAAAGUCGGGAGCGUAAAGUCCCAACACGGCAUGAUGGCAUCACACCACCAUCCUCUCCUGAGCACUACGAGCCCUCGGACACCUUCAGGUCUCCUCCUGCUGUGCUGGAUAUCAGUGGCUUAGCUGAGAUCCCAGAGACUCCCAGUCGACCCCUGACAGCUGCUUCACCAUCAUCCCUGCACGUUCUCAGGCGACCUCCUUCGGAAGGAGAGUACAUCAGUGUAACAGAUUCAUCGGGGAAUCGGGUUUACCUCAGACAGAAAGAAGAGAUGGAGACGAAGCUCGUGGACUCCAGACUUGCACCAAACUCGUACGGUGCACUGGGGCUCCUGGCAGUGCCAUUAAGAGUUUUGAAAGAACAAGAGGCAGAGCGGCGCCACCAGCAGGUUGUUGAGGAAUCACAGCGUCUUACAGAGCUGCUGGACAGCAGCGUGAACGGCGUCUUUGCUGCAUCUGAAAAUGACGAAAAUGAGGAUCUUGAAGACGCAGAGGGACGGGCGUCUCGACUGUGGGUGGACAGAUUUUCUCCACGCCACUUCACAGAGCUUCUCAGUGAUGAUUUUACAAACCGCUGCUUGCUCAAGUGGCUGAAGCUGUGGGACACGGUGGUGUUCGGCAGAGAGAGGAAGUCCCGCCCUGCUCGCUCUGACAGACAGGCUGCCAGUCAGAACGCCUUCAAACCCAAUCAGGGAAAUCAGAACCCAAAUCGCUUUAAGAGUAAGAUUGAGAUAACCGAGGAGCUUCUGGAGGCCGAACUGGAUCAAUAUAAACGACCCAAGUUUAAGGUGGUGCUGUUGUCCGGUCCUCCUGGUUUAGGGAAGACAACUCUGGCUCACGUCAUAGCGAAGCAUGCUGGGUACAACGUGGUGGAAAUCAACGCCAGUGAUGAUCGCAGCGCCGAGGUCUUCCAGAAACGCAUCGACACAGCGACGCAGAUGAAGUCCGUUUUAGGAGCCAACGAGAAGCCGAACUGCCUCAUUAUAGACGAGAUCGAUGGAGCGCCUGCGGCUGCCAUCAACAUCCUGUUAGCGGUUUUGAACAGAAAAGACGGACAUGGCGGAGAGGCCAUAACAGAGGCGACGACGAAGAAGAAAAAGAAGAAGGAGCCCAUCUUGCUUCGACCAAUCAUCUGCAUCUGCAACGACCUUUACGUUCCAGCUCUCAGACCUCUCAGGCAGCAGGCCUUUCUACUGGCUUUCCCUCAAACUCAGCCUUCCCGUCUCACUCAGAGACUCGCGGAGAUCUCACAGCGGCAGGGGCUCAAAGCAGACAUCGGCGCUCUGAUGUCGCUGUGCGAGAAAACGGACAACGACAUUCGCUCCUGCAUCAACACGCUGCAAUUCCUCCACGGCCGCGGCCUCAAGCAACUGGACACCAGAACUGUCCAGAAUAUCUCAGUUGGACAGAAGGACCAGAAUAAAGGCUUCUUCCAUUUGUGGCAGGAGAUCUUCCAGUUACCUCGAAUUAAAAGGAAACGUAUCAGUGAGGGCUUUGAAGAGGCGCCCGGUUCAGGAAGUGGAGCUGAAAGGUUUCAGCACGUUUUACACCUCGCUUCAUCCAGUGGCGAAUAUGAAAAGGUGUCUCAGGGUCUGUAUGAUAAUUAUUUGUCCAUGCGGGUGAGAGAUCCCAACCUGCACAGCGUAUGCGAGGCUCUGGAUUGGCUCGGGUUCUCUGACAGGCUGAACCAAGUGAUUAUGCACGGACAGAACUUCUCUCUGAUGAGAUACCUGCCCUUCCUGUCCGUCGCAUUUCACUUCCUGUUUGCUCACACAAAUGUGCCACGCAUCAGUUAUCCCCACAGCCAACAGGAGGCUUCGUCCCGUCUCCUCAGCUGCAGGAAUGCUAUGUCCACCAUGUUGGCUGAAAUCCCAGCAAGCAUCCAAGAGAGAAUCAGCCGCCUCAGCCUGACCCUCGAUAUUCUCACUCUGCUCCUCAACAUCAUCUGUCCCAAACUACGGCCUGUGAACCCGCAGCUGUUCAGCAGCAGAGAGAAGGAGCAAAUGCACGAGCUGAUCGACACCAUGCUGGCCUACAACCUCUCAUAUAGACAGGACCGCACACCUGAAGGGCAGUACACAUACGUGCUUGAGCCGCGUGUUGAGGAGGUGGCGUGGUUUCCAGGACUGCCGCCGCGCCGCCAGCUCACCUAUCAGGCGAAACAAACCAUCAGCAGAGAGAUGGAGCGGGAGAAGAUGAGGAGAGCCGAGCAAAUGAUGCUGCAGCGAAACCCCGUCGCGAAAGAGGAAGGAAAGAAGAUUGCUGGUCCAAAACCGACCAGAAACCAUCAGCAGAGGCUGGAGAACAUUGUCAAACAGACCACAGUGGAGGCCAGACCUGAGGUGGACUUCUUCGGUCGAGCUGUCGCCCCCAAAGCUCAAAGAGCACAACCGUCCUUGGACACAGGAGAGAAAUGUGCCGUUCUUGCCAUGGGGACGGCAGUGGGCAACAGUGACGUAUGGUUCCGCUUCAACGAGGGCAUGUCCAACGCAGUCAGACGAAACGUCUACAUCAGAGAACUUCUAUAACACACACACACACACACACACACACACACACACACAC